GUUUGACCAUGUGUAGAAGAUAAAAGAAAAAUUUGCACAAAGAAUCAUAUGAUCUAUCUACUCCUCUUUAUUCCUCUCUAGGACUGAAGAGCGCUGCUCCGUCUGGGAAGAACGCCCCUGACUGCAACCCCAAAAGCUUGAAAUUCUUCACAGAGGAUGCUCUCUCUUCAUCUUCUCUCUUCAGUACCUUUGUUUGACAACCAUGCUCCACAACGUACGCGCGUCUCCAAACCCAAUAACACUUCCAAUUCCUCAAUUCUCAGUCUCCACUCAAUUGCCAUUGCCCAGAAAUUCGCACAUGCCCGAUUCGCCUCUCGUUAUAUCUUCCCAUAUGCGAAUUGCCGCAAAUUUUCUAUUCAAUCCGGAAACAGUAGUUUCCGAGCCUUUAAGCCUCCAAGCGAUGGAACCCACUCGAAAAGGGGUCGCUGCGGUGCUGUAAAUGACUCCGACGAAAAAACUAGGUCAGUGUUAGACACCGGCGGUGGCGGCGAUGGAGGUGGAGGCGGCGACGAAAGUGAGGAUAGUGGGAAGGUGGAGAAGGAAAAGGGUUCUUCUGGGUUUCUGCCAGAAUGGUUGAAUUUGACCUCCGACGACGCCAAAACAGUCUUUGCAGCCAUAGCAAUAUCUCUUGCGUUCAGGACUUUUAUUGCAGAACCGAGGUACAUUCCCUCGCUAUCAAUGUAUCCUACAUUCGAUGUUGGGGAUCGACUUGUAGCAGAAAAGGUGACGUACUAUUUCAGGAAGCCAUGUGCUAAUGAUAUAGUGAUAUUUAAAAGCCCACCAGUGCUUCAGGAAGUAGGAUAUACAGAUGAAGAUGUCUUUAUUAAAAGAGUUGUUGCUAAAGAAGGUGAUACUGUGGAGGUCCAGAAGGGAAAACUUAUCGUUAAUGGGGUUGAGAGAAGCGAAAAAUUCAUCCUUGAACCACCAUCAUACAACAUGACUCCAGUUCAAGUGCCGAAAAACUCGGUCUUUGUGAUGGGUGAUAAUCGCAAUAACAGCUAUGAUUCUCAUGUGUGGGGUCCGCUGCCAGCCAAAAAUAUUAUAGGAAGAUCAUUAUUCCGUUAUUGGCCUCCAAACAGGAUCGGUGGAACAGUUUCUGAGCCCAGCUGUGCUGUUGAUAAACAAGAGAGCAUUCCCUCCACACCAGAGAUUUCCAGCCUACAGACCUCAAACUCUCAACCAUAACAGUUCCAGUCACGUUCCUUUCGGUUCAGUUGCAUUCCCCUGUAAUUUCCAAGCUUUUUUCUGUUCUGGGAACUGGCCAUUUUUUUUGUGUAAGGCCCUGUUAAUCUUUAGUCUUGGUUUGUGUAAGUUACUAAAUUACACAAGAGAUGUCUUUGAUUUAACUCCAAUCUCAUCUCUCUUCUGCUUCGACUGUACAUGGUCGAGAGAUUUGGAGAAGUGACAUUGCCAUUCUUCGUCAAUCCAAUCAAUUAAUACGAGCUUCUUCUUUGUCUCUACCAA